AUGCUGGACACCAUCAGCAACCAGUACGACUCCUUCAUCUACUGGAGGAUGCCAAUCCCUCGACUGGACGUAGCAGAGCUGGAAGGGUUGGGGCUCAAUGACAUGACCCUCUACAAGCCCAAAGGAGGUUUGGGCAAGUUGAUGGGCAAGAGAGAUCGAGGCAACCAAGACCUGGCCCAAGAAGAGGACACUCUGCUGCAGUUCAACAGCUUUAACUUCUGGCGAGCUCCGAUCGCCAGUAUUAGCUCCUUGGAUUUUGAGUUGAUUUGA